AUGAACCUCAGCCGCCUGUGCCGCUUGCUGAAGCCGGCGCUGCUGUGCGGGGCCUUGGCAGCGCCCGGUCUGGCCAGCACCAUGUGCGCGUCCCGAGACGACUGGCGCUGUGCUCAGUCUAUGCACGAGUUCUCCGCCAAGGACAUCGAUGGACGCAUGGUUAACCUGGACAAGUACCGGGGCUUCGUGUGCAUCGUCACCAACGUGGCCUCGCAGUGAGGCAAAACAGACGUAAACUAUACUCAGCUUGUCGACCUGCACGCCCGAUACGCUGAGGGUGGUUUACGGAUCCUGGCCUUCCCUUGCAACCAGUUCGGGAGGCAGGAGCCAGGGAGCAAUGCGGAGAUCAAAGAGUUCGCUGCUGGCUAUAAUGUCAAAUUCGAUAUGUACAGCAAGAUCUGUGUGAAUGGGGACGAUGCUCACCCGCUGUGGAAGUGGAUGAAAGUCCAGCCCAAGGGGAGGGGCAUCCUGGGAAAUGCCAUCAAAUGGAAUUUCACCAAGUUCCUCAUUGACAAGAACGGCUGUGUGGUGAAGCGGUAUGGUCCCAUGGAAGAGCCCCUGGUAAUAGAGAAGGACUUGCCCUGCUACCUCUAGCUCCACAAGUAUGCGCCCCCCCCCCCCCGGCCCCUGCCCCCUCGGAGCCUUCUACCCGGCACCCAUGACGGUCUGCCUGAAAACCAGCCCGCUGGUGGGGCAGACCCGAGAACUCGGCGUGCACCCCCCGCUGGAGGAAGGUUCCUCGGCCCGGCUCGAGGCUUCCCCCCCCCCCCCACACACCGGUUAUCUUGUGGGAAUAAAACAUACAAAUUGA